AUGCCUUUUAAAUUGAUCUUCAUAGAACACAGUCUUUAUCCAAAGAGUACUACAAUGCCUUCUUUAAGAUCGACGUUGUUCCCCAGUCAAGUUUCUAAUUGCAUGUCCAUGAAGUCGAGGUCAUAUUGGCAAAAGACAGAAGAACGAAAAGUGUCGGUGUGGACAGCGUGCUCUCCAGCAAUUGACCUUGAAAUUGUGUUUAAGAGGAAGGUGCCACAAAGUUUCCUUGAGUCAUCAAAAAUAAACGCAGCCGAAUUGAGAUUAUCGUAG